AUGGCAAAAGAACACUUUAAUGCCAAAUCUCAAAUUAACAAGUAUAAACUUGAUGAAUCAACCUUUGAUUUGGUUGAUAUUCAAGGCUUCCAUAAUACAAAGGCUUCCACCAUCUUUGCUUAUUUCCUUAUGUGGAUCAUUGUUUUACUUUCUUGGGUCCUUCUUGGUGCUGAUAUCUAUACUUGUUUAAAUAUCUUAGUAUUUCAUAGAUGGUCAAGUAAUGAUUAUAAACCUUAUGCUUAUUCCAUCGCUAAAUGGAUCUUCACUGGUUGUAUCAUCUUUGAAUUCCUCCUUUUAUUGUAUCAUUGGAUUUGGGCUAUUCAUACUUAUAAAACUAAAAAUAUCGCUUUAGUUUAUGUUAAUAAUAUCGCCAGAUUAUUAUACAGUAUCAAAUCUUAUAAUUAUUUUUGUCUUUUUAAUCAAAUUCAACAAGAUAAUUUCUUUGAUUGGUCAACUUUCUUUUGUUAUGGUGAAAUCGAUAAUGCUUUACAAAUCUUAGUAGCGGAUACUCCAAGACAAGUAAUUAAUAUCUUGACUUUACGGUAUUAUGCUACUGAUGGUGAAUCAAAUAAUAAUAUCUUGGAAAAUAUAAAAUCAAUCGCCACUACAAAUUUAACUUUAUCCAUAAUUUUAUCAUUAAUGUGUGUUUCAGUGGUUAUUUGGUGUAUUUUCUUUUUUAAAUUCGCCUUUGGAAUGAUUUUAUAUCUUCCUGUUGCAUUUAAAGUUAAAUCAAGAACAGCAAAUUCCUCAUUAAAGAAAUAUUGUUGUAGUUUGGUUAAUGCAAAUGUCCGUUUAUUAGUAUUGAAACAUCAUAAAUCAAAACGUGAAUUAUUAGAUAAAGGUAUUCUUGAUAAACAUGAUAUUAUCACUAAUCCAUUAUUAAAUAAUUCAUCCACUGAUUUAGAAAAUUUAUUCGUUCCACCCCCACCUCCAUCCCAAAAAUUAAAUUCAAAAUCAUCUACAUCCAUAUUGAAACCUCCUCCUGUUACCACUUCAACUUAUGAAUUAUCCAAUAUGAGAAAAGAUAGUUUUACCGAUCCCUUUAAUGAUUCUUCAUCAACUAUCUUCGAUCAACAAAGAAAACGUCCUCCUCCAGUAUUUCAAAAUGCUUAUAACAAUAAUUCCCAAUCAUCACUCACAACCCUUAACAAUAAUAAUAAUAACACUAGUAAUGCUUUACCGCCUAGGAAACCACCUAAACCACUUGAUGUCACAAAUAUGUCUUCUCGUUAUAUGCCACCUAGAAAUGCAUCUGUACCAACCAACCAAUAUCAAUAUAAUCAAUCACAACCUCAACAACAACCAUUACAAACAAGAAAACUUUCAGCUGACAGUCUUAACACAACUAAACAAACCAAUUUCCCACCUCGAAGACUUGUGCAUACUCAAACUGAACCAAACUUAUAUUCCCAAGCAAAUAAUAUACCUUCCAAUCAUUAUCAACCAUUACAAACUUCUCAUACUUUACAAUCAUUAGAUGCUGCAUAUCAACCACAAUCUCAUAAUCCAUUCAUGUCAACCUCUCAUUCUUAUAACAGUAAUGAAUUCAAUUUCAAUACUCACGAUCAAAGUCAAAGUCCACCUUCACGAGAGUCACUCCUACUGAGUGAAUCAUCCCUUUCAAAAGAAAAUGAUGAUGAAUUCAAUGAUUCAAAUUCAAAAUCACUGCUUACACAUCAACCUUCUGCUGCACCUUAUCCCUUACAGGAAAUAAACGAUGAAGAAGAUGAAGAUCUGAAUACUCCUUACCCUGCGAGAGGAGUCUCCAUUUACGAUUAUUACAAUUAUGACCAAGUUAAAUCACAAUACGAUAAAUAA